GUGCUGAUGCCCUUGACUCCUCUUCUCUUUCCAGGGUGCUCCUGUUCCCCCCGCUGUCCAGCCGCCUCAGGUACCUGAUCCAUCGCACCGUGGACAACGUGGAUUUGUUGAGCAGCUUUUCUGUGGGAGAGGGAUGGAGGAGGAGGACGGUUAUCUGUCACUCGGCUGUAAGGCUGCCCAGUGAGAAUAAUGACCAAAAACCCAGCAGCAACCCGCCGAGGCUGCACCGACCUCCGCCGCCGUCGGGAGGGAACGUGGUGCAAGAAGAAGAGAUCUGCCCGAAAGCUUCGGUUGAGGAUGCUCAGGAGGAACCGGGCAAGUCUGAAGGUGUCCCCUCGGUCCUUGGCAAGGAACAGGAGCCCGGCAAAGAGUGUGUUUCAGGAAAAGAUACUGAUGGCACAAAUGAUGAACAUGCUCCGUGUCGUACGGGUGUUCCACCGUUAGAGAAUAGUGACGAUUUCUCUGGGCAGGAGAGUCAAGGUAAAGACUGUUCAGGUUCCCUUUCUUCUGUACACAAUAAAAAACCGACCGAAGCAGAAGAACAAGAUUCAAGUGGCGACAACACUGUUGUACCAGAAGGCAGCAAAAUCCUGUGCCAGCUGCCAGCUGAAGACCAAACUAGCCAGGAUGCCGGUGGAUUGGAGUGUGGAAAAAAUUCCUCCCUAUCAGAAAGUCGCAGCAGUAACUGCUGUGCAGAGCCGGCUGUGGCACAGCCGAGCGCGGCGGCGGUGGAAAACCAAGAUAAGAGCUGUGCUGCUGCCAAGAGCCUGGAGAGCCAAGGAAACGUGUCCCUGCCUGAAGAACAGGGCGAGGACUUUGUGAAUGCCAGCACGGCGGAGGGAGGGGAGAGUUUCUCUGAGUUGGAAAGCCAUGAUCAAGAGCCGCCCAGCGUUGCCCAGGCAGAGCAUACCCAAGGUGAGAACCCCCUAGAAGCCCCAAAUGAGCCUCUGGCUGUAUCUGAGCCCAUCCGUGGUGCCGACCCCUGUGCUCCCGAGGAUCAGAAUGAGCCCUGGGUGGAUGCUCCCGCGUGGAACCGCAGCGGGAAGGUACCUGUGGUGGAAGAGGAGGACAAGGAGCGCUCAGGCUUGGCCGAGCCGCUGUGGCGUCGGCUGCGGUUGUCUGCGAUGAGGAGGAGAAUUGUGGGUAAUUUAACUGUGAAGGACAUAAGCAUCGAGAAGAUCAGCUUUGACUAUUCCAGCUACGGAGAUGCACAAGUCAGCGAGGGAGAUUUUGGCCACGUCACUGAAAUCUAUGACUUCCCGCCGUCGCUGAAAACGGAGCACCUGCUGGAAGUGUUCUCGGAUUUCCACGAGAGCGGAUUCAAAAUCCAGUGGGUCGACGAUACGCACGCCCUGGGAAUCUUCUCCAGCCUCUCUGCAGCAUCUCAAGCCCUGGGGCGCCGUUACCCUUCUCUGAAGAUCCGACCGUUGAUCCAUGCGACCAAGCAGUCGAAAAUCAAGGCACUACAGCGACCAAAGCUCCUGCACCUUGCAAAAGAAAGACCCCAGACCGACACGGCGGUGGCGAAGAGGCUGGUGACCCGGGCGCUGGGGUUGAAGCACAAGCAGCAGGACGGCUCAGGCGCCGACGCGCUCCCGCCGGAAAGCUUGGACCAGGAGGAAUAA